AUACAAGGGAAAGCUGUGGUGGACUGAUCUUAUGGAGUAAACUUUACUAAGUAAAGGAUGAUGGAGAGGGAUGACUUGGAAAUAAUCCCACAGUUAAUCCCAAGGGACUGCCAUUUAUAGAAAUGAUUGUCACUGUACUGGACAGACUGCUGAACUACUGAAGUCCUUCCGUCUUUUGACCACACGAGGAAAUUGUCCAUGGAGUUGAAAUAUUUAUUGCAGUAAUUUCUGGCCUUACAUAACUGAGGUUGAAUGCAUUUGGGAACUUGGUGCAUAAAUUUGCAUGACUCCUCACUCCUUUCUAGACCUGUCGCUGGACUCAAGCCAGCAUGGCUCACACCACAAAGGUUAACGGCUGUGCCUCAGGAAAAGCAGAUGAUGUUCUAAAUGGGGACCAUGACAAGGAACAGAGAGAUCCUUAUUUUGUGGAGACUCCCUAUGGUUAUCAACUAGAUUUAGAUUUCCUCAAAUACGUGGAUGACAUACAGAAAGGAAACACCAUCAAGAAACUGAACAUCCAGAAGAGGCGGAAGCCGUCUGUGCCAUGCCCAGAAAGCAGGCCCCCACCUGGCCAGCAGGGUGUGUGGACUUCCACCGAAUCUCUGUCAUCUUCCAAUAGCGAUGACAACAGGCAGUGCCCUAGCUUCCUCCUAGCCAGAAGCCAAGUUACAUCGACUCCUGUCGCAAGGCUACCCACCCCUCUGGACAUCUCACCCACUUUCCUUACCAUCCCAGAAAGUCGACAGCUGCCACCACCCUCACCACAACUCCCGAAGCACAACCUUCAUGUCACCAAGACACUGAUGGAGACCCGGAGAAGGCUGGAGCAGGAGAGAGUCACCAUGCAGGCAAUGCCGGGUGACUUCCGAAGGCCCAGGCUGGCCAGUUUUGGAGGCAUGGGCUCCACAGGCUCUCUCUCCUCCUUCAUGGGUUCUGGAAACCACAUUCCUGUCAUGCACCAGCUUCAGAAUGGUUACCAAGGCAACGGGGAUUAUAGUGGCUAUGCCCCAGCUGCAGCCACCACCUCUUCCAUGGGGAGUUCUAUCCGCCACAGCCCCCUGAGCUCAGGGAUCUCCACUCCUGUGACCAACGUGAGCCCCGUGCACCUGCAGCACAUCCGGGAGCAGAUGGCCAUUGCCCUGAAGCGCCUGAAGGAGCUUGAGGAACAGGUACGAACAAUCCCUGUGCUCCAGGUAAAGAUCUCUGUGUUGCAAGAGGAGAAAAGGCAGUUGGCCUCAAAGCUGAAAAACCAAAGAGCUGCAUCCCAGAACGACAUCAGUGGUGUGAGGAAGCGGUCCUAUAGUGCUGGGAAUGCGUCCCAGCUGGAACGGCUCUCCAAGGGCCCGAGAAGUGGCGGGGAAUUAUACAUUGACUAUGAAGAGGAAGAGAUAGAGAGUGUAGAGCAGAGCACACAGAGGAUAAGAGAGUUCCGGCAGCUCACAGCAGACAUGCAGGCCCUGGAGCAGAAGAUCCAGAGCAGUAGCUAUGAGGCCCCCUCGGAGCUCAGGGAGAACGGGGAGUGUCGGCCUCGAGAGCAUCGGUCCGUGGCUGCGGGUGCCGACGAGAACAUGCAUGACAUUGUUGUGUACCACAGAGGCUCCAGGUCCUGGAAGGAUGCUGCUGUGGGGACAGUCACGGAGACGAGGGAUUCUGGGGUCAGUGUGACAGAGGCCAUGCUUGGCGUGACUACCGAAGCUGACAAAGAAAUUGAGCUGCAACAGCAGACCAUAGAAGCCUUAAAGGAAAAGAUCUACCGCCUGGAAGUACAGCUCAAAGAAACCACCCAUGACCGAGAGAUGACUAAGCUCAAGCAAGAGCUGCAGGCUGCUGGAUCGAGGAAAAAAAUCGAUAAAGCCAUGAUGGCCCAGCCGCUUGUCUUCAGCAAGAUGGUGGAGGCCGUCGUGCCGACGAGAGACCAGAUGGUUGGCCGUCACGUGAAUGUCGUUGACUCGUGUGUUGGGACCUCUGUGCAAACAAGUAGCGUAGGCGUCUCCUGCCGGCCCCACUGUGAGAAUAAAGUCACGGGGCCGGAGCUGCCCAUGAAUUGGUGGAUUGUUAAAGAAAGGGUGGAAAUGCGUGACCAGUGCACUGGAAGGGCUGUGGAAACGUGCGAUAAGAGCGUGGGUGUGGAAAUCAGCGUCUGUGAAACAGGCAGCAACACGGAAGAAUCUGUAAACGACUUGACGCUGCUCAAGACCAACCUGAAUCUCAAAGAAGUGCGAUCGAUCGGCUGUGGAGACUGUUCCAUCGAUGUGAUUGUCUGCCCGCCGAAGGAGUGCACCUCCCGGAGCGUGAGCACGGAGCCCGCGGGCCAGGCGGAAGCUGCUGUCAUGGCAGUGCCUCACACCACCAGCCAGCACACCAGCACGGCUUUGGAGCAACUGAACCAGUCCACCAACACCGAGACGGCCACCCUCGUCGAGUCCUGCACCAACACUUCCCUCAGCACUUUGGACAAGCAGACCAGCACCGGGACUGUGGAAACGAGGACCGUGGCUGUAGGAGAAGGCCGUGUCAGGGACAUUAACCCCUCCACCAAGACUCGGUCCAUCGGAGUUGGCACGGUGCUCUCUGGCAGUUCUGGGCUUGACCGGCCAUCAGCUGUGAAGACCAAAGAGUCCGGCGUGGGCCAGAUAAAUGUUAAUGACAACUACCUGGUUGGUCUCAAAAUGAGGACCAUCGCAUGUGGGCCUCCCCAGUUGACUGUGGGGCUGAUGGCCAGCAGGAGGAGCGUAGGUGUUGGGGAUGAGCCUGUAGGAGAGUUCUUGGAGGGCCCGCAGCCUCAGGCUCCUUCCGGAAUGAUGACCGGCUUGGAUCACUACAUUGAGCGCGUCCAGAAGCUGCUGGCGGAACAGCAGACGCUGCUGGCUGAGAACUAUAGUGAACUGGCAGAAGCUUUUGGGGAACCUCACUCGCAGAUUGGCUCUCUCAACUCGCAGCUCAUCAGCACCCUGUCAUCCAUCAAUUCUGUCAUGAAGUCUGCAAGCACCGAAGAGCUGAGGAACCCCGACUUCCCCAAAAUGAGUCUGGGUAAAGUCGCAGGAAGUAAUUUGGAAUACACCUGUAGGUGUGGAGGCCUACAGUCAGGAGGACCGUUAAAUACGCAGACAUCCCGACAUGGACGGGAGGUGGGGUUCACAGAAGGAGAGCCCGUCUGCAGCCAGGACACCUUCCCCGCUCAGGAAAGCACGCUGUCUGCAGUGAACCUGACAGAUGACCAAAUAGCUGCUGGCCUCUACGUAUGUGCAAGUAAUGAAAGUACGCUGAAGUCCAUCAUGAAGAAGAAAGAUGGCAACAGAGAUUCGAAUGGAGCGAAAAAGAAUCUCCAGUUUGUUGGCAUUAAUGGAGGGUAUGAGACAACUUCAAGUGAUGAUUCCAGCUCAGAGGAAAGCUCUUCUUCCGAGUCAGAGGAUGAGUGUGAUGUCAUUGAGUACCCUCCCGAGGAAGAGGAGGAGGACGAGGAGGACGAAGACACUCGGGGAACGGCGGCAGGGCACCAUGCAGUUGAUGUGGAAGGUUGCAGGUCCGCCGGGGUGGAAGAUGAAAUGCAGGUUCAAGAAUGUGAACCUGAGAAGGUGGAAAUCAGAGAGAGGUAUGAAUUAAGUGAAAAGAUGUUGUCCGCAUGCAACUUACUGAAAAAUAACAUAAAUGACCCCAAAGCUUUGACCAGCAAGGAUAUGCGGUUCUGCCUGAACACCCUGCAGCACGAGUGGUUCCGCGUGUCCAGCCAGAAAUCGGCGGUCCCGGCCAUGGUGGGGGACUACCUGGCGGCCUUCGCAGCCGUGUCCCCCGAGGUCCUGCGCCAUGUCAUCAACAUGGCAGACGGCAACGGCAACACGGCCCUGCACUACAGCGUGUCGCACUCCAACUUCGAGAUCGUCAAGCUGCUCCUGGACGCGGACGUGUGCAACGUGGAUCACCAGAACAAGGCGGGCUACACCCCCAUCAUGCUGGCAGCCCUGGCCGCCGUGGAAGCGGAGAAGGACAUGCGGGUGGUGGAGGAACUCUUUGGCUGUGGGGAUGUGAACGCCAAAGCUAGCCAGGCAGGACAGACAGCCCUCAUGCUGGCGGUCAGCCAUGGGCGGAUAGACAUGGUGAAGGGCCUGCUGGCCUGCGGUGCUGACGUGAACAUCCAGGACGAUGAGGGUUCCACCGCCCUGAUGUGUGCCAGCGAGCACGGGCACGUGGAGAUCGUCAAGCUGCUGCUGGCCCAGCCCGGCUGCAACGGCCAUCUGGAGGACAACGAUGGCAGCACCGCACUUUCGAUCGCUCUGGAAGCAGGACACAAGGACAUCGCCGUCCUCCUCUAUGCCCACGUCAACUUCGCCAAAGCCCAGUCUCCGGGCACCCCUCGGCUUGGAAGGAAGACAUCUCCUGGUCCCACCCACCGAGGUUCUUUUGAUUGAUUUAUGUACAAAUAGCCAUCCAUUUACAUGCCACCAUUAAGCUGCUAACUGUUCCUGUUGGGGUGACAGAUACUGAAUGUAUGCAUAUUGUGCCUGAGCUCACCAGCAAACAGGACGCAAAAGGCCAAGGACCGAAGGCUGGAAGCUGUCACGGUGGAAGCUGAGCCAGCAAGAGAUUGCCGGCAGGCACCCACCGCCUCCCUCCCGGCCAUCUUCCCUCUGUGGAGGGCACACUUGACCCCAGUCGCUGUCGCUGUUGAGUCUCUGCUCCGUUAUGAACAGUCGUAGGAAACUGUCACCUGACCUGAGCAGGCAACUUCUGCGCCUUCUCUCCACCCGCCCCCACCACCCCUGCUGAGAGUGUCAGGUUCUCACUGGCACAAUGUUUCCAAUUUCUCCUCCAGUGUUUAUAUUGACUGGCGUGGAACGAUUGGAAAGCUCUUCAGAAAUUCCAUUCCAGGAUGGUUUUGUUGAUGUUUUUUUGUCUGUAUUAUUCUAAAGCAAGUUGAGGUGACUUUGGUCAUCAGCAACUUGGGCCUGGGCUGGUAGGUUUCUGGGUUAAAAUGAAAAGAUGGAACUCUUAAAAAAGUAUAACACGUACAAAAGGAAAUCUUUUCAGUUGGUUUUAUCUCGGUGGAUGUAUUAUAUGACUUUUUAUAUAAAAGGUAUCUAUAUGAAAGUGACACAGUAUUUUCAACUUUUAUAUUCCAUGGUAAUAAAAGACAUGAAGAACUACAUGUAACAGUACCAUAUUUUUUUAUUAAUAAUUGCACAACUCUAUUACCUGAUGAUAAAGGUUGAAUUGUGUUAGAGGAAUUGGCUAUAUAUUCGCCUCUAGAGAAACAUGGCGUAGUUCUCCACGUUAUUUAUGGAUUCCUUUAUACCAUGUCACACUUACCAUGGUCUUAUAUGUAUUUAAAUGUUUGAAGUGCCUUAGACUCUUGCCAUAUUUUCAAAAUAAAAUUUCAUUAAGCUC